UCUAUAACCAACUUAGGUAGAUUACACGCUCCGUCCAGUCUGUUACUUCAAGUCUGAACUGGAACUCUCGCUACCAUGAGCGGCUCGGAGUCAGAGGAUGACUUUAUGUCGGACAAGUUCUUGGUGGAAAGCGCUCCGACCAAGACGACGCAACAGACCUACCUAGAUCGAAGACGGGCUGCCCAGAAGAAACACCUCGAAUCGCAACCCAAGAGCUUGAAGCUGAGAGAAGAGGAGAAGCGGAGAAAGGGGCUCGGGACGAGCUUGUUUGCUGGGGUUGAAGAUGGGGCGGAUUCGGCCAAAGCAGGAGAAGGCUCGGCGGGGCCGGCAGCUAGUAACAAGGCCAUGAGCAUGAUGAUGAAGAUGGGAUGGAAGGUCGGAGAAGGACUCGGCAAGAAGGGGGAGGGUGCGAACGAGCCCACUGAUCCUCGUAAAGGAGGAGAUGAGAGCGAACCUCCCGAAGUUCAGGCCGACGAGGAUGCAGGGGGAGAGCCGUCCGCUCGGGCUGGGAUCGGAAUGGCUCGCAAGCGCAGGAGGUCGACAGAGUCGGACGAUACAGAAGCUCCCAGCUUUACGAAGCAGAGGGUGGAACCGCUGAGGGUCUCCAUGUGGGCAGGCAAAUCCGGUCUCGGAGCUCGCAAACGCUCUCCUUCCCCCGUUCUCGCUCCAGGCGAACUUCAUCCCGAGAAACUAGCUCAACUGGAAUCCACCACCGAAGACUUUCGUAAACGCCAGUCUGGAGUCAACGAAGCGAGAAAGAUCGAGGGCAGAGAGUGGGCUGCGAGAAAGAUCAUGGUCGAACUGGACGAGGCGAACGGAGUCAAGUUCCAUCCUCUACAUGUCAUUCCUACUGCUCCUGCACAGACGAUCCCGAUCCCUCUCUUGCGGCUCGUCUUUCCCAUGCAAUGUGACGUCCUCAUCAUGGAACGCCGUGAUCACCUAGCUCGUAAACUCGGUGCCGGACCGGGAGGUCGCAUCGGGGUGGACGAUACUUACGGUCGACGUUCCGAAGGAGGGGCUAGCGGGUCGCAAGAUCUAGGGGGAAUCCCGAUGAUUCGUGACAUGAGCAAGGAGGACAACAUGUCUCAAGCGGCGAGAUUGAAGGCGAUGAUGCAGAUGGACGCGCUCGAGGUGAUCGAACCGGACGGCGAUCUGGAAGAAGGCAAUGGAGAUCAAGCUUUCGACGGAGCCUUUGGGACAAAGACAGGGAAAGUCGAGGAGCCGAUCGAGGUAGAGGACACGCUGGAUGCAGAUACUGUGGAUAUGGCGCCGAUCGAUUGGACCGUUCAUGUUGAAGGCGUUCAGAGAGUCUUGGGCAUGGAGCCUUCGAUUCACUUGUCUUUCCUGCUCGACAUGUUACGGACGGAGCACUUGUACUGCUUCUGGUGCGGCUCCAAAUACGCAAGCGUGGAGGAAAUGGAAGGACCUGGAGGAUGUCCAGGAGAAGAUGAGGACGACCAUUAGAUGUAUAGAAUAGAUCGUCUAGCUGUAUCUCAUACUAAGAAAUGAACGUCGACAUCAGCCUAUGCUACCAGUAAUGCGG